CAGCGUCAUUUCCAGCCAAAUGAGACCACCACCACCACCACCCUCGCAUGGCCAAUCUUGUUGACUCUCGAUCUCAUCGACGACCCCAAUCUCCAUUUCCCCGGCGUUCUUUUUAGCUCUCUUUCCUCUUCCUUCUUUCUCCUCAUUCCCAUCCAUUUCAGCUUCCUUCUUUUCGCUUCUAUUACUUCCAAAACUGAUCGAAGAAGACAAACCCGGAGCCAAUUGACCCGAAGUUUCGAAUUUGGGGAAAUGAAUUUGAAACCCUAGGAGGGGGCGAAGAAACACCAAAGCUGCUGGAUUUGGAAAUUUUUCCCCCCCUUUUCCUCGAGCUCAACGCACUUGGCCAUGCGACGAUUCUGGUUCUCUGCAAUUCGCCUCUCCAAGGAGGAUUCUUUUGCUCAAGCCGCCGUUGUUUCUGCUACUGCUACCGUCGUUAAUUACUCGACCUCCGCCGCCGCAGCAGCUGCCGCCGGUUUCCAGAAUGACCGCAGAUACUCAUUUCCCUAGCUCCAGGGGCCUACUUUGCAACGCCGGCGCUGGUGCCGCAGCUGGAGUUAUUGCAGCCACGUUUGUGUGUCCCUUAGAUGUUAUUAAAACUAGGUUUCAAGUUCAUGGGCUACCUAAGCUUGCUGGUGCGAAUGUUAAAGGCAGUGUAAUAGUUGGGACUUUAGAACAGAUAUUCCAGAAGGAGGGGCUGCGGGGCAUGUACCGGGGACUUUCUCCUACUGUGUUGGCAUUAUUACCGAAUUGGGCUGUGUACUUUACGAUUUAUGAGCAGCUGAAGAGUUUGCUAUCCUCAGAUGAUGCUACUCAUCAACUCUCGGUUGGUGCCAAUAUGGUAGCUGCAUCAGGUGCUGGAGCUGCUACAACAAUUGCCACAAAUCCUCUUUGGGUUGUCAAAACAAGACUUCAAACUCAAGGAAUGAGAAAUGUGGUGGUUCCAUACAGAGGUACAUUUUCUGCAUUGAGGAGAAUUGCUCAUGAAGAGGGUAUACGUGGUUUGUACAGUGGUCUUGUCCCGGCUUUGGCUGGAAUCAGUCAUGUUGCAAUUCAGUUUCCGGCGUACGAGAAAAUCAAGAUGUAUUUAGCGAGUCGAGAUAACACCACAAUGGAUAAACUAGGUGCACCUGAUGUUGCCCUUGCAUCGUCCGUUUCCAAAAUAUUCGCAUCCACAUUGACAUAUCCCCAUGAGGUUUGUCAAUACUAGACCAUUACUGAUUUUUAUUAAUUCUCAGUAUCUUAUAAUUUGUACUCUGUUAAAAGUUGACCAAGGUUAUACUGAAGUUACUAUAUUUCAUCGGUGUCCUGGAUUAUUUUAUUGGCAACCUUGUGUUUCUGUGUGCAGAUACUUAGAGCUUCUGCACGUUUCUUUGAGAGUCUGAGUUAUUUGUAUGAUUUAUGCAACCUGCUUCUGAAGAUGUGUGGUUCUGGUCUCAUUUGAUGAAAUUCAUUUUCAUUUUCAGAUGUGUGGAAAUAACUCCUUUGGAUAGAUUUCGCCUAUAAAUUUGAAAAGGAAGCAGUUUUUAAAUGUUAAUAAAACUCUGAUUUUCUUCCCUUUAUCUCUAGCAGGAAUGAGAUAAUCAUCUGAUUUGUUUCUCUAUAAGAAAUAGGUCUCCCUUAUUCGCGAGAGAAUUAAAGUGGCAACAUUAUACUUUCCCAUUUCCGAAAACUAAAAGCUUACUUAAUCUGAGUUGCAGGUUGUUCGUUCAAGGCUUCAAGAACAAGGGCAUCAUUCUGAGAAGCGGUAUUCUGGUGUAAUUGACUGCAUUCAAAAGGUUUUUCACCAAGAAGGUGUCGCUGGUUUUUAUCGCGGAUGUGCAACCAACCUACUCAGGACUACUCCAGCAGCUGUAAUUACAUUCACUAGUUUUGAGAUGAUUCAUCGCUUCCUCAUAAAUUUGUUCCCAACUGAUCCACAACCCCAUCAUUUGUGACGACGGGGUCAAGCUCGGGAAAACCCAUUAUCUUGUGUGUCAAUAAACUGGGGUGGCCAACCAUGGUGUUCAUACAUUAGUCGUUGGUUUGGGGUGGAUGGUGUCAUUAUUUGUAGGCGGAGCAGAAGCAGCAUUUGCAAGCACUCGGGAGAGUCUGUAUCAAACAAUUUGCAUAAUUCUCACAUUGGAGAAGCAUAUGCGUAGUUUGAUAGUGAUAAUGAUGAUAAAGCAUUGUAGUGUAACUGUACUUAACAUAUCGGACAUAAUUUGAAGGGUCACAUUGAUCUAUUUGAUUUCUCUUUCUUGAGUUCGACGUUUUGUUAACCUGUUUUACUCUGUAGACCUAAUUUAUACAUGAAUGUAUCACUGUAGUUUCUAACCGAGGAUUUGCGAUCCAACAUCUCUCCUCGUUGGUUAGAUGAUGAAAAGUAGCCACCUAAUCUUUACUACAUUCUAUAGAAAUGGAAACUCAUUACUCUCC